CAGUUUGCUCAGUCCAUGCUUUUUGCCAUCGAGGAGAUAAACAACAGCACAGACCUGCUGCCGGGCAUGACGCUCGGUUAUGACAUCUACGACACAUGCGGCUCCAUCGCCAGAAGUGUAAAAGUCGCACUUGCCUUGACAAAUAACGACGGCGACGUGUCCCCAACCUCUGAGCGUCCUUGCAUGAAAGCAGCACAAGUGCAGGGAAUCAUGGGAGAAACAUCCUCCUCUCCAAGCACGGCGAUAGCCACUGUCAUCGGCCCAUUUCAUAUCCCACUGAUCAGCCACUUUGCCACAUGUGCCUGUCUCAGUGAUAAAACCAAGUAUCCGUCCUUUCUAAGAACCGUACCCAGUGACUACUAUCAGAGCAGAGCUCUGGCUCAUCUGGUCAAACAUUUCGGCUGGACUUGGGUCGGAGCCGUCAGAACCAACGACGACUACGGCAACAACGGCAUGGCGACGUUCACAGAAACUGCAGAGCAGCUGGGCAUCUGUCUGGAGUAUUCUGUCUCUUUCUUCAGAACAGAUCCUUUAGAGAAAAUACAAAAGAUCAUUGAAAUGAUGAAGUCUUCCACCUCAAAGGUUAUUGUCGCUUUCCUUUCCCACAUGGACAUGGACGUGCUUAUGCACGAGCUGACGCCUCACAAUUUGACCGGGCAUCAGUGGGUCGGCAGCGAGUCCUGGAUCUUUGACUCUCAGAUCGCAGCAAUGGAUAAGAAUCACAUACUGGACGGAGCGAUAGGCCUUUCCGUUCCUAAGGCGCAAGUCGGUGGACUCAGAGAGUUCAUGUUUAAUGUCGAGCCCCUGAAUUCGUCCAAUAGUGAGUUAUUUACCGAUUUCUGGGAGGCGUUGUUCAGCUGCAGGUUCGAGGAGUCAGAGUCGGCUGAAUUUCAAAGCAGAUGUACAGGGCAUGAAGAUCUCACAGAAGUGGAGAACAGCUUCACUGACAUGUCACUCAUGCCCAUUUUUAACAACGUCUAUAAGGGAGUGUAUGCAGUGGCUCACGCUCUGCAUGAUAUUCUCAGUUGCAAUAAAACAUGCAAUGACAACGUGCGGCUCGACCCGACGACGAUUUUACAGCACCUAAAGAAAAUUCAUUUUAAAACUAAGGAAGGUGAUGAGGUGUAUUUUAAUGAGAACGGAGAUCCAGCAGCAAUUUACGAAAUAAUAAACUGGCAACCAGGAGAGAAGGGCAUGGUGGAUUUUGUCACUGUUGGUCUGUAUGAUGCAUCAUUAACUGCAGACAAAAAGCUCAAUCUGUCAAACGAUGCUCUAAUUUGGACGCAGAAGUCAUUGGAGGUUCCUGUGUCAGUUUGCAGUGAGAAAUGUCCACCAGGAACACGCAAAGUCCUGCAGAAAGGAAAACCUGUUUGCUGCCACGACUGUGUCAGAUGUGCAGAAGGAGAAAUAAGCAACGCCACAGAUUCAGUCACCUGUGUGAGAUGCCCCCUUGAAACCUGGUCAAAUGAGGCAAGAGAUGCCUGUGUAAAGAAGGAGGCCGUGUUUCUGUCAUAUGGGGAGAUUAUGGGAGCACUGCUCACUGCAGCGUCUCUGUUUGGAACAUGCUUGACUGCCAUUGUCACGGUCAUCUUCUUCCGAUACAGAAAAACUCCUCUGGUGAGGGCUAACAACUCUGAGCUGAGCUUCCUGCUGCUCUUCUCGCUGACUCUGUGCUUCCUCUGCUCUUUGACCUUCAUCGGUGAACCCUCUGAGUGGUCCUGCAUGCUGCGCCACACGGCGUUCGGCAUCACCUUUGUGCUCUGCCUCUCCUGUGUCCUGGGGAAAACCAUAGUGGUUUUGAUGGCGUUCAAAGCCACCCUACCAGGAAGAGAUGUGAUGAAGUGGUUCGGACCGACACAGCAGAGACUCAGCGUUCUCACUUUCACUGCUGUGCAAGUGAUCAUCUGUAUCCUCUGGUUGACGAUUUCACCUCCUUUCCCAUUUAGGAAUUUCAAAGCAGUCAAAGACAAAAUAAUCUUGGAGUGUUCUCUGGGGUCGGCUGUGGGCUUCUGGUCGGUGCUCGGGUACAUAGGACUCCUCGCUGCGUUGUGCUUCAGUUUGGCUUUUUUGGCUCGGAAACUUCCUGAUAACUUCAACGAAGCCAAGUUCAUCACGUUCAGCAUGCUGAUAUUCUGCGCCGUGUGGAUCACUUUCAUCCCAGCGUACGUCAGCUCGCCUGGGAAGUUAAGCGUUGCAGUGGAAAUUUUUGCCAUUUUAGCCUCCACUUUUGGUUUGCUGUUUUGUAUCUUCAUCCCGAAAUGUUACGUAAUGCUACUAAAACCGGAAAAAAACACAAAAAAGAACAUGAUGGGGAAAGGUCAAUCAAAGUUAUUCUGA